AGGAGUAGGAGGAGAGCAAGAAAGCUGAGGAUGCAGGUUUGGCUCCACAACACACAACCGCCCCGGUCGAAGCAGACGGCUUGAAGCGGCUGCGCCUCGGUGGAAUCCAACUUCCAGUGGGGGAGAUGCGCCCGCUACAGCUCUGAUUCUUCCCUCUUCACGUCCUUCUCCUCUUCCUCCUGUGCCGCCUCCUCCUCCUCCUCCUCCUCCUCCUCCACCUCCUCCCAUCUCUGGCGAGGAGCAUCCCGCGCACUUGAUUUGACUCCGACGGGCAGGAAGGCAGGCGGGCAGGCGGACUGACACAAGCCAGACACGAUGCGCGGAUCCCCCCGAUAUGGGACAGCUGUGGGAAUUAUAGUGAUCCUGGAGGCUCUGCUGCUCGCGAGCCGGGCUGCAGAGGGAGCGUCAACGCAACACCUCCUGGUUCAGUUGCAUGAGGACGCACAGGAUGAGGCGCACCAACUUGCAACACAACAUGGGUUCCAGAGUGCCCGAAAGCUUCCCUUCGGAGAAGGGCUCUUUCACUUCUAUCCUCAGGACACUUCAAAGAGGCGGAGCAAACGCAGCACUCGCAGCACUCACAGCAGACAGCGGCUCCAAAAGGACAGAAGGGUGAAGAACGUCUUUGAGCAGGAGGGCUUCAGCCGUCAGAAACGCGGCUACAGAAAUAUCAAUGAUAUUGAAGUCAACAUGAGUGACCCUCUGUUCACCAAACAGUGGUAUCUGAUAAACACAGGCCAGGCGGACGGGACCCCCGGGUUGGAUCUUAAUGUGGCCGAGGCCUGGCAACUGGGCUACACGGGCAAAGGAGUUACCAUCGCAAUCAUGGACGACGGUAUCGAUUAUCUACAUCCAGACCUGGCGUCCAAUUACAAUGCCGACGCCAGCUAUGACUUCAGCAGCAAUGACCCGUUCCCUUUUCCGCGCUACACAGAUGACUGGUUCAACAGUCACGGCACGCGGUGUGCUGGAGAGGUUUCCGCGGCCGCCAACAACAACAUUUGCGGUGUGGGAGUCGCCUACAACUCCAAGGUGGCAGGUAUCAGGAUGUUGGACCAACCUUUCAUGACCGACAUCAUCGAGGCCUCGUCCAUCAGCCACAUGCCGCAGGUUAUUGACAUCUACAGUGCCAGCUGGGGACCGACCGAUGACGGCAAGACGGUGGAUGGACCCCGAGAGCUCACGUUGCAGGCUAUGGCUGAUGGCGUCAACAAGGGUCGCGGGGGAAAAGGCAGCAUCUACGUCUGGGCGUCUGGAGACGGUGGUAGCUAUGACGACUGCAACUGCGACGGCUACGCCUCAAGCAUGUGGACCAUCUCCAUCAACUCCGCCAUCAACGACGGGCGAACCGCCCUCUACGACGAGAGCUGCUCCUCCACCCUGGCAUCCACCUUCAGCAACGGACGCAAGAGGAACCCGGAGGCUGGCGUCGCUACCACAGACUUGUAUGGGAAUUGCACGUUGCGUCACUCUGGGACGUCGGCAGCAGCUCCAGAAGCGGCUGGUGUUUUUGCUCUGGCUCUUGAGGCUAACCCGAACCUGACGUGGCGAGACAUGCAGCACCUGUCGGUCCUGACCUCGAAGAGGAACCAGCUCCACGACGAAGUCCACCAGUGGAGGAGGAACGGCGUGGGCCUGGAGUUCAACCACCUGUUUGGCUACGGCGUGCUGGAUGCCGGCGGCAUGGUGAAAAUGGCGAAGGAGUGGAAAACUGUGCCUGAGCGCUUCCACUGCGUUGCCGGAUCUGUUCAGGAGCCCCACAAAAUCCAAUCCGGCAAUAAGCUGGUGCUGGCUAUCGACACUGAAGCCUGCCAAGGGAAGGACAACUUUGUCCGCUACCUGGAGCACGUUCAGGCGGUCGUCACCGUCAACGCCAGCCGACGCGGAGACCUCAACAUCAACAUGACCUCCCCCAUGGGCACCAAGUCCAUACUGCUGAGCCGACGGCCCCGGGACGACGACUCCAAGGUGGGUUUCGACAAGUGGCCCUUCAUGACCACCCACACCUGGGGCGAGGACCCCCGGGGGACCUGGGUCCUGGAGGUGGGCUUCCAGGGCGAGGAGCCGCAGCGAGGCGUCCUGAAGGAGUGGACUCUCAUGCUGCACGGAACACAAAGUGCCCCUUAUAUAGACCAGAUAGUGCGCGAUUAUCAGUCCAAGCUUGCGAUGUCCAAAAAGGAGGAGCUGGAGGAGGAGCUGGACGAGGCCGUGGAGAGAAGUCUGAAGAGUCUGCUGAGUAAAAACAACUGAAGUCCAGAAUUUGCAUGUCGCCAGUUCUUUCACUUUCCCCCUCUCUGUAGUCACGCUCAGUCCUCCUCUGAAACCUCACUGCAUCUCCUUAGUUUUUCUCAGUCUCUUGUUACCCUCCCGUAUGUCUACCUCUCUCCCCUCAGCUUUUUGUUAUCGCGUGUUUCAAUUAGCCCCAUUCGAUGAAUGUUUCUUGUAAUCCAGUCACGAUGAAAAUGUAACCUCAAAUAAUCCGUUCUGCAUAGAGAAAGCAAACUCCAUCACCUGAAUUUUUACACUCUACAGAACUGUAUAUAAACCAAAUACAAGCCACUUUCUCAUGCUUUGACUGCCCUGCACCUUUCUUCUGCCAAAUGUUGUACAGUUUGUGACUGUAAAUGAUUUUCUGUGUCAUUCUACUUAAAGUUUAAUAUCUUGCAAACAGAGCAGUGAUAUGUCUUUCUGUUUAUAUUUUUGUGACAUGCACUGUUUAUAUAAACAAGAAAAGGAAUGUGUAAUUCA